GGGCUCUCACAGAGAUGCUGUUUUCAGGGAGGAGGACGUUUCCUCUCUUCAUCAGCUCGUCGGUGAGAAGAUGGCUGUGUAGCAGACCAUACGUUCUGUGGAUCCUCAUCUUGCUGCUCAUUGUCAGUGUUGCUCUGCAGAGCUUCGCCGCCCAGCUGGCCAGCCCACCCAUGCUGAUAGGUCUCCUGCCUCUGAGGUUGCCCCCUCUGAAAAACACCCCAACAGACCUUCACCUACGCUCCAGCUUGGCAGAGAAGCAUCUUCAAAAUGGUAACCCCGACUUUUCCAAUGAAGGUUCCUUCAAAAACAUCAGUGACAACACGCUCCGCACGAAGCGUGUUUUCACCAGAGAAACCUGCCAUCCAAAGAUCCACAUCGUUUUCCUCAAGACACACAAAACGGGGAGCAGCAGCGUCUUAAACAUCCUAUACCGCUUUGGAGAGAGCAGGAACCUGACCUUCGCCUUACCCGUGAACAAACAGGUCCAGCUAUUUUACCCCCAUUUCUUCUCAGCCCACUUUGUUGAGGGCUUCAGCAGCACGCGUGUGAAGGACUUCCACAUCAUGUGCAACCACAUGAGAUUCAGGAAACCUGAGGUGGCAAAGGUGAUGCCCAAGGACACGUUUUACUUUUCCAUACUGAGACAUCCUGUCUCCAUGAUGGAGUCCAUCUUCGUUUACUACAAAAGCAUUCCAGCUUUCAGAAAAGCGCACAGCCUGGAAAACUUUCUGAAUACCUGCUGGAAGACCUACAGCUCUUCAGAGACCAGCAACCAGUACGCACACAAUGUCCUGGCCUUUGACUUUGGCCUUCCAAACAACGUAGAUCCAAAAGACCUGGACCAGAAGGCUGGUCAGGCCAUUGCAGCCAUAGAGCAGGACUUCCAGCUGGUUCUGAUUUCGGAUUACUUCGAGGAGUCCAUGGUGCUGCUCAAGCACUCCCUCUGCUGGUCACUGGAGGACGUGGUGUCGUUCAGGCUGAACAGUCGUAGCGUGCGGACUCGCCACAAAGUUUCACCCGAAACUGAAGAGCAGAUCAAGAGAUGGAACGCCUUAGACUGGAGGAUUUAUCUGCACUUCAACUCCACCUUCUGGACCAAAGUGGACCGCCUCAUCGGGAGGCAGAAGAUGAAGGCAGAAGUGUCCCAGCUGAAGUCGCUGCAGGCCGAGUUAGCAAGCACCUGCCUCAAAGGCGGCGGAGCUGUUGACCCGUCAAAGAUAGAGGACUCUGACCUGAAGCCGUUUCAGUACGGAGCAGCUGUAAUCCAAGGAUACAACUUAAACCCCCACCUCGAUGCACAAACCAAGAGGAAAUGUCAGAGACUGGUCACUCCAGAGCUGCAGUACACACAUCAGCUGUAUGCACGCCAGUUUCCUCAAGCUUCUGCUCACCUCAGACUUCCCACGAAAACCGGCUCUUUAUGACGGUGAAGAGAAAGAAGCAGAGUCGGAAACUAAUAUCCAGAGAAUAACAAACUAAACAGUUCUAUGAAGAGUCUAGUUUAAUCUUAUUCUUAUUUAUUUAUUUUGGGGGGGGUUUAAUAUGGGGAGAGGGGCUGAUGAUUGGGACCAUUGACUGCAUAUGAGAACUGGACUGAGUGACCCCUCUCCCUUCAUGGUCUAAACAGGUAGUACCUGCUGGACUUCUACAGAGACAUAAACAGUUAUUGCUCAGUUAUUGUAUUUGUCAGAAUAACCAUUCCUGCUCUGAUAGCGUUUUUUGAACAUGUUCUUGAUAAUCCUUAUUUAUUUCAUAUUGUAUCUCUAGUGUAAGUUAAGUUACAGCGGGGCAAAAAGGUAUUCAAUCAGCCACCGAUUGUGCAAGUUCUCCCUCUUUAAUUUCCAUCAUAGCUCUACCAAAACUAUCAGAGACAAAAUGAGGAAAAGAAUCCGG